GGACUCUACGCCAGGAUACAAAAACCACGGCGACAUUGCGGGCAAGCUGGAGAAUGGAAUCGCUUCUGUGGCAAGGUUGCUUGUCCGCCUCGUUGUGGGCUGGGUGCAUGGCCAUAAUUGGUUUGACCCUUUUGUCCACUCAUGCAACUGCUUGCGUCUCUCUUCGUCGCGGGUGCGGCCGUUGCGUCGAACGCUGCCGUCGCCGUACAAGCGAACGCCCCCCCUUCAACCAUGUCGUGCUCGACAAUUCAACACCAUGCAGACUACAAAGGCAAUGACAUUCGAUCGAUAAAGCGAGAGACGGUGAACGACUGCUGCGCCGACUGCGCGGCCGCCCCCGAUUGUGUCGUUGCAGUCUGGUAUGAAGGCACGUGCUGGCUCAAGAACGUCGUAGGCACCCGCACAUUGUUGGGGAACUCGACGGCUGUGUUCCCCCAGCGAUCGAAUGACCGCACGUCGCCCUCAGGCCUCACCGAAGCGACGACGCAGUCGCUUCCGUUGAAGAACAUUCAGGCUGGGUAUGCCUACGCCAAAGGCCACCGCCAGGGCACGUAUAAGAUGGUCACAGAGCUGCGGGGGUGUCAAACUCGCGUCGAAAUGAGUGCGGGGCCCAUCGCCCCGUACCACGAAGACGUGACGUUUGUCUUUCGAGGGCCGAUGGAUAUUUACAACAUUGCGAUCUUUCAGCCGGCCAAAUCGAAGACAUGGUCCCGUGUGUCGAGCUACAGCCGCACAUCGGCCACGAAUUUGGUGUUUAUGAACAACGGCAACCCUCAAAAGUACAAGGGCCUUUCCCCCCAAGGCUACGCGACAGCGGACGGUCGAGGAUUUGCGCCAGAGGAGCCUACGCCAUUCCGUGGUCGCCUGGACGACGGGUCGAACCCGAGCAAUAGGUACGGCGGUCCUGGCAAUACGACGGGGGUGGAGGUCAACAUCAUGCAACGUCAACGAUGCACCCGAGAUGUGUGCAAAGGGUACUUUGACCAAGCUUACGGCGCGCGUGGCUGGUCUGGCUCCAAGGUGUUCGUGGCCAAGGUCAAGAUGGACGGCGUCCACGGCCUUCCAGCCAUUUGGGCGCUCAAUUCCCAAGUCGUCCGUGCGAAUCAGUACGGGUGCAACUGCCGCGGAAGAGCUGACCCCGGUGGAUGCGGCGAGCUCGACAUUGCCGAAGCCAUUCAACGGGGGUCGUCGGCCCUCUCAACGCACAACUACUGGCUGGACGCCAACCCGUCGGACGGCCACGACACAUGGACGACGCGACCGACAAACGAACCAGCGACGUUCGUCGCGAUCUUGGACGAGAGCAGUGGCGUGAUCAAGGUGCUCCGACUCGGCGGGGACGACUUUGCGGCAUUCGACGUCGACGCGAUCUCUGCCGAUGCUAUGAAUGCUCUAAUUCAGCAUCCCAUCUAAUGUAUUCAACUAAAGUCUCAAACGAGGGCAUCUUCAUCGCAAACGU